AUGGACGUUGACUCAGUCACCUGCCUGCCGUGCUAUUUGCUGUACAGAUCUACGGAGCCACUUCGAUUCGAUGAGCUGGAAGCCGCUGCUGCCAACUUCCAUCCCGAUGCUGACACCUCGCUUUACAAGGAUGAUGGCGUGGCAGCCAAACGGCUCCUGAAGGAACUGGAAGAUCACCGCCUGCUCGAGAAGCAUCACUGGUUUUCGCUCUUCAACACCCGUCAGCGAGAGGAAGCCCUUAUGCUCUUCGAUGUUCUAAUGAACAGCAAGACCUGGGAGACCGCGGUCAACAAUGCUGCCUACUUUCGCGAACGUGUCAAUGAGGGAGAAUUCGUUUACGCUCUGUACGCUGCAGUGAUUCAUUCCAGUCUUGGAGAGGGCAUUGUCUUGCCUCCUCUUUACGAAGUCACCCCACAUAUGUUCACCAACUCUGAAGUGAUCCAAAAAGCCUACACUGCCAAGAUGACUCAAACACCAGGUAAGUUCCGCAUGGAAUUUACUGGAAGUCAAAAGAAUCCCGAACAGCGCGUUGCCUACUUUGGUGAGGAUAUUGGCAUGAACGUUCACCACGUCACCUGGCAUUUGGACUUCCCUUUCUGGUGGAACGAUGCUUACGGUUAUCAUCUGGAUCGCAAGGGUGAACUCUUCUUCUGGGCCCAUCACCAACUUACCGUACGAUUUGAUGCCGAGCGUCUGUCCAACAACCUUGAUGUUGUUGACGAACUUUACUGGGAUAAACCCAUCAAGGAGGGUUUUGCGCCCCAUACGACGUACAGGUACGGCGGUGAGUUCCCGACUCGUCCUGACAACGCAAGAUUCGAAGAUGUCGACGGUAUCGUCCGCGUCCGUGACAUGAUCAUCCACGAGACUCGCAUCCGCGAUGCCAUUGCACAGGGGUACAUCACCGCUGCCGACGGAACCAAGAUCGACAUCAGGAACUCUGAGGGCAUCGACCAUCUCGGUGAUAUUAUUGAAUCAUCUCUCUACAGCCCCAACGCCCAGUACUACGGCUGUCUCUUAUACACAUCUAGAUGUGUAUAA